AUGAGAAUUGACUUUGUUAGGUGUAACUAUUGGGCAGGGUUUCAUAAUUAUAUACACAGUAUACUGCUGUCAAAGUGUCCCCUUAGAUCUGUGCCCGGCCCUACACUGUGUUCCGAUGGUGUGCUGGUGCUAAGAUGCGCUACAAGAGAACAGAGGUAUGCCAAUCAUGUGCCCAACUCGAACGUCUGUCAAACCUGUCUCCUUGACCUCGAGUAUGGCCUCCCUGUACAGGCUAGGGACAGUGUUUUCAAUGUCACAGACACUCUCCCCAAGAGUGACGUAGGCAGAGAAUAUUAUCUGCAGAAUAUGGAACAAAAGAUUGCUGAGAGUGGGCGGGCAGAGCCAGGGGGUGGUGGGGGGAAAGCCCCUAAUGAUCUGCUGCUCAAGAUGUCGCGUACUGGACCAUAUUACAAACGCAACAGACCUCACAUUUGCUCAUUCUGGGUCAAGGGAGAGUGCAGUCGUGGAGAGGAGUGUCCCUACAGGCACGAGAUGCCGACAGAUCCAAAUGACCCACUGUCCAAUCAGAAGAUCAAGGAUCGUUACCACGGCGUGAAUGACCCGGUGGCUGAGAAGCUUCUCUCCAGUGCCCAGGACCUGCCCACUCUGUCACCACUUGACGAUAAGACAGUCACCAGCCUCUAUAUAGGAGGAAUUGACGAGUCAUUCAACCAAUCAGAUCUCAGGGACCAGUUUUAUGCAUUUGGAGAGAUUAUGUCUAUUCACAUGGUGACCAAGUCUCGUUAUGCCUUUGUCACAUUCUCCACUAGAGCAGCCGCAGUGAAAGCUGCUGACUCAACAUUUAAUAAACUCAUUGUUAAAGGGCGCAGACUCAAGGUGUUGUGGGGAAAGGCCCAGACCACCCCCUCCCUGGGGGUCAAGGGUCAACAGACGCUAGCCCCUGUACCAGGACUGCCAGCAGCCCCGCCUCCUUUGCCCUUUGACCCCUUUGGCCUGAGCUCCAAGGCGACUCCCCUCCUCCUCCUGGGGGAUUUCCCCCACCACCACGCCCACCACAAAUAUCACAUGUGCUGGGAUCCCGCCCACCAGAGUGUUCUCAAAACCAGAGACCUUGGACUCAGCCAAUAUUUACACAAUUUUGUGCAACAACAAAACAUGAUGACUUAAGUAGUGAACUGUAGGUGUUGUUCUGUAUAAUUAUUUCUUUUGUGCAAUAGGAACAAUAGGUGUCUCCUGCCAUGAUGUAACCUCUGUAGAAAUGAUAUUCUAGACCAUUCCAGCAUAACUAUAAUUAUGUUUUGUAUUUAAGUCACCAUGUAUUGUUGUUGCACCAGUUGCCAUCACAGUACCUUAUUGCUGUUAUUAUUCUACUGUUGAACAACUUCAAUACUACAAGCUCCACGCUUUUGGGUCAAACUGAUCGUUACCCCAAACUGGUUAUUCUCUACACAUAGCUAUAGUUGUUAAAUAGAACUGUGCAUCUAUUUCAGGGAGAAAAGUAAAUUUUUUUGCUUCUGGUUGACAAAACAACCGCAUGUCUCAUGUGUACAGAUUCAUCCUGCAUUUUGGUUGCUAUAACCAAUAAAUGCUUUAUUCCAUGGAUACUGAUGACUAUAUCACUCGUCUGUGUGCCUAGUAUAACUGUCACUCGUGCUUUGCAGGCAGUCAUGCAUUUACUGGCACAGACUCGUGAUAAUCUUCAGUAUUAUAAUAUCUAUGGAUAAUAUCAUAAUAACAGG